AUGCUGCGUGAAAGUCGUUCAAAGUACAUCAACUCUAUUUGUGAUGAUCACGGGAAUAACCCAAAGCGUUUCUGGUCGCUCUUCAAGCUAAAAACCAAAUCUUGCAAUGUUCCCGAGAAAGUCUCAAUGGGGGUUGAAGGAAAUUCAAGGAAAUACUCAGAAACACCAGCGGACAUAGCAACUCUCUUUAAUAAUUAUUUUACAUCCAUCUUCACCAAUGAACCAGAUACUUCUAUAGACCCGUCCACGAUCGAUGAUAACAUUUCCUUGUUGGAGGAUGUAGUUUUAACAUCUGACGACGUAGCUAAUGUACUAAGAACUCCAGGGCAUUUUUUAAGAAUUCGUCAGUGGGGGGGCCAUCUACAAAAAGGGACCAUACUAUACCGAGUGUGGAGCAAUGAUAGAUGGUUUGUUGGUAAAAAAAAACGUUUGGUAUGGUAUCGCAUUUAAUAGUAGGGGGGAGGGGGAGAGCAGGGCCGUAGGAAGCUCUUUUCGUUUGGGGGGGGGCUGAAAGCGAGGGCCGAAGGCCCGAGGAAAUUUUUAAAUUUAGAGUCUCUGAAAUGCCAUUUCCUGGACUUUGGGGAAGAUUUGACAGAUUUCUGAUUGUCAGAAAACAGCGUUUUUAGUAUGUGGAAAUUUAGAAUUCAGUAGUACUAAAUGGACGAAGGUGUAUUUAAUUAACGAUAUAUUGGAUAAGUUGCAGGAAAGUAUGGGUAAUAUCUUCAUUCUUUGCAGUUUGUCAUGGAUUAAAUAAUAAAGGUUUGCAUGAUUUUGAAAAAUGAAUAUUAUUAGCAACGGAUUAUUAGCAAAUGAAUGAUUAUUAGCUACGGCCCUGGAAAAGGUCUGGGAUUUUCUCCCCCAGAAAAUUUUUGUAUUUUUCUACCCCUAUGACUGCAAUUCCCUGCAUUUUCUGAAACAGAUUUUUGGAUAUACACCAUUACAUUAUGCUGUAGAUAGACUGAACCUUCAGUUAAGUACUUGCAUAGUAUGUUUAUGUAGAUACCACAACUUGGCCGUCACUUAAGGAGCCAGCUUGAUAAACUUAGAGUUCCCGACUCCCACGAAGCGCCACCAUGGUUGGCACAGAGCGGAAAAAUUUUGAAAAUUUUGCGUCUCUAAAUCAUCGGAAAUGGCAUUUUCAAAGUCUUCUAUACGUCUUUUGUUUGGCCCUUUCAUUAAUUCGUUCAUUAUGAUUUGUGAGUCUAUGAUAUCCGCGAGUCAGGAUGGAUUAUUACGAGAAAUGUUAUCAAAAUAUCGAUCACAGAUAUUUGAUGAUAUGUAUAUAUGAUUUCAAAUACUUCUAGUUUCCGAAAUCAAAUUGUUUUUUUUUUGGUGGGGGCCAAAAUUAUCCCCCCUCCCCCCUUAUAAAACACUUGGUUGAGGGCCUGUUGCCCCCUGCGGUCACUAACUUGUCCAACAACUCAAACUCUAUAGGGUCUGGGAAAUGCAAUCCACUGCCUGGAAAAUGUUUAAAAUCUAAUAAGGUAUUUAUUAAAGAUAAAAGACAGGACAUAAGAUUCACAAAGCAAAUUUCAGUUACUAGAAUAUCAAACCUCCCUUCUAAAUUCCAUGUUUUGCUUAUAUUUUAGAGAAAAGGGACCUUGACUGGGGGGCCAAAAUGGUUGAGUGGGGGGGGGGGCACCAUGGGGGCUGGGAGGCUUUGGCCCCCCUGUUAUAUAGUUAAAAAAUGCCCUGAAGAACUCUUGAUAAUGACAAAGCUCAUGGCCCAGAUGGGAUUCCUGCUCGUUUACUAACAGAAACUGCAUCUCAAAUAGCUCCAUCUCUAUGUCAAUUGUUUAACAAAUCGUUGCGUGAUAUUUGUGGUGUUACUCUGAGUGUAUAUCCACACCGGGCGAGCUUGAAAAAUAUACCCGGCCACGGCAGGAUUCGAACCUACGACCUUUGGAUACUAGCCCAAUGCUCUUCCAACUGAGCUACGCGGUCAGGACGGUUCGAGUAAGUAAUAUUUCGGAACAGAAUCUAGUUCCUUCGAUACUAAUGUAUUCUAGUCAUAUGAAUUUUUUCUGUGUUGGUGUAGUGUACUCAGGUGAAUAUGAUAUUGUGAGUACACUACACCAACACAGAAAAAAUUCAUAUUACUAGAAUAUAUUGGUAUCGAAGGAACUAGAUUCUGUUCCGAAAUAUCACUUACUCGAACCGUCCUGACCGCGUAGCUCAGUUGGAAGAGCAUUGGGCUAGUAUUCCAAAGGUCGUAGGUUCGAAUCCCACCGUGGCCGGGCAUAUUUUUCAAGCUCGCCCGGUGUGGAUAUACACUCAGAGUAACACCACAAAUAUCAGGGGUGAAGAUGUUUGAAAAUUAUAAAGAUCACGAUUCUUGAUGUAGUUCUUCAAAAACUAAAGGAACGUACUAUAAUGUAGACUGUAAUGUACUGUAUUUAGCAUAGCAGCCUUAUUACAAUUUCCAAUAAUGCAGGGUCGAAAUGUGAUCAUUGAGCAGUCCUUUGGUGGACCUAAGAUUACAAAAGAUGGCGUGACAGUCGCUAAAGCAGUUGAUUUACCUGACAAAUUUCAAAACCUUGGAGCUCGUUUAGUUCAAGAUGUUGCCAAUAACACGAAUGAAGAAGCAGGAGAUGGCACGACAACGGCAACGAUUCUUGCUAAACAUAUUGCGAAGGAAGGUUUUGAAAAAGUUUCCAGAGGUGCUAAUCCACAAGACAUCAGACGAGGUAUACUCCCAGUGCUCUUCUGCAGAGGCACAGAGUAAACAUUGAACUAAAUAAUGUAAUGUGACAGAGGUUUCCACUCAUCAUGUGCGAGGGAGGAACGCAGUUGCACUCGCAAGACAAUAUAGAUACUUUUGAUUCACGAACGCGGACCGGAAGUAAAUCGAGCCGUUAUAGAUAGCGAUAGUCAUUCCUGUUUGAAAUCACGAACGUGAAAUUGCAUCGACUGCCGUUCUUGAUUUGAAGCAAGAACUACACUGACGCCAUCUAUAACGGCUUGAUUGACUUCUGGUUGGUGUACUUGGCGUCGCUUGCUUCAGUAAUAACACUGCGUCUCCAUAUGAACCUCUGUGGAAGAGAGAGGUCCCAGUACCAAAUUUCAGAGUGUCCUACAAACUAUAUUCUAGCCAUAAAACUGGGCAAGACAUCUAGGGCCAGUCAGUACUAAUUACAAUAACCUGUCUUCAUUUUGGCCCUAACUAACUUCAUCUUGGUAAAAUCCAGUCCUUGGCGUGCAUGAAAUACAGUUUAAUCCUAAAGUAGCGUCGAAUGGUAUUUUAGAACAUGGGCGGAUUUACUGGGGGGGUUAACCCCCACUCUAGAAUCCUUCUAACCCCUCUUAUAAAGUAUUCAACCCCACGAAAAUUUCGCUUCGCCUCUCCUAUUUUGUGUGAAUGUCUUUAACCUAACGCCGAAGCUCGCUCAGUGGCGCCGCUUACACCUCACCGCCCUUGUUUUAGAACAUCUGUUGUUUUAGAACAUCUGAACAUCCGCUUCUUGUUUUCUAAUAAUAUAGGAGUAAUUUUGGCAACUGAACAUGUUGUAAGUCAUCUAAAAGAAAUGUCAAAACAAGUAACAACACCAGAAGAAAUAGCUCAGGUAUGUUUGGGUUGAUAAAGAAAAUCUGCAAUCGGAAGAAAUGAAAUUCGCAAUCGGAAGAUUGUUUCUAUUUGUUACCACCAAAUGCAUACCCUGGCUGCAGAGGUUUUCUGGUGUUAGGCGAGUUUUAACUUGUGGCGCCUGAGUGCAGGGUACAGCUUCAGCGAAACAAGGAAACACCUUGAUCCAGGGUACCAAAGGUACUACCAAAACAGAGGCAUGGGGUUGGGAAGAUAGAGUGGGACAAUGUAGUUCAUUAUACUGCUGUGUGUGACUUGCCUAGUUUUGCAUAUUUAUAUUUGGGCAAUUGAGAUGUAGAUAUUUUAUAGGAAAUGUUCUUUGCUUAGAGUGGGAAUUAGUGAUCUUUCUUUGUGACAGCAGAGUGAUAAAUAACAAAUAAUGCCCAGUAAUCUUUUUCUAUAGGCAUGUUAGAUAUAUAUUACUCUACCUAUACCGUACUGUAUGUGCAAUAUCAAUAUGAAAGUUCUUUUUAAGAGUGAGUAUCAUGCCAGUGAUCCAUUGCACGCUUGUGUUUACAUUUUAUUUUUACAUUUUGCUGUAUCUCAUGAAUAUACUUUCAGUACAAAUAUUUUGCAUAAAAAAACGCAACAUUUCACAAGAUAUAAUGACUUACUUCGUUUUAAAGAAGAAAUAGAGUUGUUUUUCAAUAGGAUUCCGAAAAAUAUGGGCCAAUACAAAUGAAAUCUUGGAGAUCACUUAUACAUAUCAUUAUAUUUAUAAUACCAUUUCUGGGACGCCAAGCGCCCAAAAUCACUGGCAUGAUACUUACUCUUUAAGAUUUAUGUUUCAAUAUAAACAAGGCCGUAAGCUCAACGUUUAUCCCAGCAACUUGUUUUAGUUAAAAUAUAUUUAUAUAAUUAAUAUAAAUCUAGGUUGCAACCAUAUCAGCGAAUGGAGAUAGAAGUGUUGGGGAUCUUAUCUCGUCUGCCAUGAAGAAGGUUGGGAAAAACGGAGUAAUUACAGUCAAG